AUGGUCCAAAGCUACCUAAGACAUGGCCCGACAGAGGCCUUUGGACUCGUGUGCAGCGCGUUAUCAAACUCCCAGUACGAUGGCAAAUUGGCUUGCGUGCCUGCGCUAGAGGAUGUCUUGGUCUGGGAUGUAAAGAAGGGGCAGUUGCUGGCGAUGUGGCAUGAGACGGGUCACCGCGCAGAGGUCACCUGCAUCCUCCGCUCUCCUCAGAGAGAUGUAUAUGCUGUGGGAUACGCCGAUGGUUCCAUUCGCCUCUGGAGCGCAUCUACACAGACUGUUAUCGCCACCUUUAACGGUCAUAAGAAAGCUGUGACCGCACUAGCAUUUGACGAAGCAGGUGCAAGGCUGGCAUCAGGUUCACAGGACACGGAUUUGAUCCUAUGGGACGUUGUGGGGGAGGCAGGUCUUUUCAGACUACGUGGGCACCGGGAUCAGAUCACUACCAUACGCUUCAUCACAUCCAAUUCUUCUACGGGUCCAUCAACCUCCACCGGAUCUCCACAUGGUUAUCUCCUAACGUCAGCUAAGGAUACGUUCCUCAAGUUAUGGGAUAUAUCCACACAGCACUGUAUACAGACUAUUGUCGCUCAUCGCUCAGAGAUAUGGUCACUUGACGUUGACAACCGGAACGAGCUUGUUUUCACAGGCAGUGGAGAAGGAGAACUGAAAGCUUGGAAGAUUGAUCAUGAUAUACUAGCCCAAGGCUUGCAAGAAGACGAUCUCGGCCAGGUUUCAAAAUGUAUCCGCCCCGUUGCAGCACUUCCUCUUUCGUCAAAUCAUCGUGUCUCCCAAAUUUCCUUCCAUCCGUCGAAACCUUAUCUGGCUGUACAGUCCCAUGACAGGUCAGUAGAGUUGUUCAGGAUUCGCACUGAAGAAGAAGUUCGAAAAAAGCAAGCACGAAGACGGAGGCGCGUCAAGGAGAAAAAGGAACAGGCAAAGACGAAAGGAGCGAAAGACCAAAAGGACGCAGGAGAUGUCGAGGGCAUGGAAGUUGAUGACGAACGGGCAAAAAUUCAGUUGGUGGAUUUGUUCACGCCAUACUUGGUCAUUCGGGCGAAUGGCAAAAUCAGGUCAUUCGAUUUCGGUGCGGAAGAUCCAAGCUCGGGCAUGAAAGGAAGUACCCAGAUCUUCAUGGCGCUGGCUUCCAACGCGCUUGAGGUAUACAGCAUACCAUCUCCGACGAAGUCGAACGAUGAGUCCCCGGAGGCCUCACGCAUCUUCGCCGUGGAUCUUCCGGGUCACAGAAGUGAUGUCCGGACACUAUGCUUAAGUUCCGACGACUCGCUCCUGGCCUCAGCAUCAAAUGGUUCUGUCAAGAUAUGGAAUAUGAAGACUACCGCUUGUAUUCGGACUAUGGAAUGCGGACAUGCGGUUUGCAGUACCUUCCUUCCAGGUGAUCGUCAAAUUGCGGUGGGAACGAAGUCAGGUGAAAUUCUCUUAUAUGACGUCGCAUCCUCUUCACUUCUAGAGACGAUCAACGCCCAUUUCGCGACUGUUUGGUCAAUUCACGUACGUGCAGAUGGUCAAGCACUUGUCAGUGGAAGCGCGGACAAGGAUGUUAAGUUCUGGGAAUUUGAGCACAAGCCUGCGGAUAGUGAUAAUCCUCAAAGCACGAGACUUCUCUCCCUGGUGCACACCCGCACUCUCAAGAUGACGGAUGAUGUUCUCUCCGUGCGCUACAGCCCAAACGGGAAAUUCCUGGCCGUAGCACUGCUUGAUUCUACGGUCAAGAUCUUCUAUCAGGACACCCUGAAGUUCUUCUUAUCUUUAUAUGGACACAAGCUCCCUGUGCUCUCCAUGGAUAUUUCUGCUGAUUCCAAACUCAUUGUGACAUGUUCCGCGGACAAAAAUGUCAAGAUAUGGGGUCUUGAUUUUGGGGAUUGUCAUCGCUCCAUUUUCGCGCACGAUGAUAGCGUUAUGCAGGUUGCAUUUGAAAAACACGAUGUACGCGAGCUCGAUUCAAAGCCCUCGCAUUACUUUUGGACGGUCGGGAAGGACCGACUUUUAAAGUACUGGGAUGGCGAUAAGUUCGAGAAUAUCCAGAAGCUAGAGGGUCAUCACGGCGAGGUGUGGGCAUUGGCCGUCAGCAAUCAAGGCAAAUUUGUCGUCACUGGCUCGCACGAUAAAUCAAUCCGCGUCUGGGAAAAGCUCGACGAACCCCUCUUCCUUGAGGAGGAGCGUGAGCGCGAACUUGAAAAUCUCUAUGAAUCCGGAAUUGCCGAGACACUAAACCGCACGGAUGCCCCCAUUGGUAGCGGUGCAGAUGACGCUGAUCGACAGGACAACCAGGGCGCGGAAGUCACGUCCGUUUCCAAACAGACGACGGAGACCCUUAUGGCUGGCGAAAGGAUUAUGGAGGCACUUGAUCUCGCAGACGGAGAAAUCGCGUCGUUCCGAGAAUAUGAGGAAGCAAAGGCGAAGGGUGGUUUGUCCGAACAGAUGGCGCCACCACCUCGCAACCCAGUGCUUGCUGCCUACGACGUAGAGCCGGAAGAGUACGUGCUCCAAGUGAUUGAAAAAAUAGCAGGCACUGCGCUGUACGAUGCACUGUUAGUACUCCCAUUCGGCCAAGUUGUCAGCUUGAUGCAAUACUUGAAUGUAUGGGCUCAAAGGGGCUGGAAUGUUGUCCUCACAUCGCGCAUAAUUUUUUUCCUGCUGAAGACCCACUAUCACCAAAUUGUGGCUAACCGCGUCAUGCGCACAGCACUUAUCCCGCUACGCAAACAUCUACGUGAUUCCCUCCGUCGUCAAAAAGACACACUUGGCUAUAACCUGGCCGCUCUGAAGUAUAUCAAGCGACAAAAUGAUGCCCAACGUGUCGCUCAUUUCUAUGAAGAGGAAGGAAUGGACGAAGAUAAAGUUCGUGAGCGGAUAGCGGAGGGUAAAAAGAGAAAAAGAGUCGCAAUCAGGACUUGA